CUCUCCGCUUGGCUUUCCGCUGGGUAUCGCAAACGGCAACCAACCCUGAUCUCUGCAGGCAUUACCCUUCCAAUUAACGCUCAUUGAAAGGGCACAGCACAGGAUAGUCAGCAAUACAGCUUUCCGCUUCACUCAGCUGUCCUCCUUCCAUCCUCUCCAACACUCCACUCAAACCAACAAACGCAAACAAACCAUGACCAUCGGAAAUUUCGACUGGUACCCGUGGGCCCGCUACCAAGGCAUAGGCGCCGCUUUCUUCAUUCUUACCGGUGGCGUCAUUUCGCUGUUCUACCCUUCGAAAAUCCUAGCGGCAGUCAACAUCGUCAUCGGCCUCCUAAUAAUAGCCUGGGACUACCCCCUGCACCCCUUCACCCUCCUCGGCCCGCUCUCCACCAACAUGUACAUCCGUUUCGCCGGCCACCUGCUCGCCAUCGCUCCCACGGUAUUCCAAGCACCGACAACGACGGGCGGGCUGUGCAUGCUGUUUGCGGCGUUGUGCUGUUUGAGGGCGGCGAUUAAUGGCGAGGAUUUGACGCCGAAGAAGAGUGCGAGGGGUGCGCCGAGGGGUGGGGCGGGGAAGGAUAUGACGGCUAUCAAGGUGCCGGAGAAUUAGGGGCUUUGCAGAGUGGGGAGGUGGAAUGGGGCAUUUGAACUUGAGAGAUGCGAACGUUUGAUGGAACUUUCCAUGAGGGGCCUGGUCCCCCUCCUACGGCGUAUAUCUAUCUUGUAUGCGACGGCGAUUUUAUUUGUACAUAGUGAGCUAUGUGGAUUUCCUCCCUUCUGUUUUUGGUUGGGGAAAACUCGGAUAUCGAACUCCCCUUACACCCUUGUCUUUUGUACAUACAUUACAUACAUGGUAAAUACAUGCUAUACACACCACAU